AUGAAGAUCGUUUCAUCCCUCGUCCUCGUCGUCUCGCUCCUUGGCUCGGCAAUGAGCCAGUGCAGCCCCAAUGACAACCUUUGCCAGGACUUUAGCGGCAAAUGUAGCACAACCGUGGAAAACUUUUUCGCCGCCCUGCAUCCGGACGCCACCAUGGGUGAGAUUCAAAGUGCUGCCAAGGCCAACGCCAAGCUCUUUGGCUACGGCAAGUACUGUGGUGCUACCAACAAGUGUCCCGAAAACGGACAAAACCAAAACCAACCAGAACCCUGUAAUGACAUUGACUCGGCAUGUCAGAGCCAUGAUACCUGCUUGGAUUCCGAGGGAACCAAUGGAGCGGAAGGGGUAGGCUUUCCCGCGCGCUGCAAAUGUGAUAUUGCUUUUGUGGCGGCGUUGAAGGAUCAAACUCCUCCUUUUGGUUCUGGUCCUGGUGAUGCCCUCUGCGACAGUGAUUUCUAUGGCUUUGGAAUUCCUGAAGCGGCUGUCAUGGCCAUUCCCUUUUGUCAAACCAUUACUCGUGGAUGUCCCCUGGCGCAGUUGGCAGAUGUCAUUGAUUACUGUGGUGUGUUGGCGGCGCAAUUCUUGUAG